AUCGACUUAGUGUAGUCAUUUUGGCUUGAAAUUAAGGUAACAAAUUCACAUAUCAAAAACAUCAGAAAAGCGUACAUAUAUGAUCCGUGAAGAUGGAACGACCUAUCGUUACUGUAAGUGAAGGACAACUCCAGGGUAUUAGGUUGAAGAGUGUUCUGGGCCCUAAUUACUACGCUUUCAAGGGAAUUCCCUUUGCCGCACCACCGUUAGGUCCAUUGAGGUUUAAAGCACCGCAACCACCUGCAAAAUGGGAUGACGUACGUGAUGCUUCUAAUUACGUGGGUGACCCUUGCAUGCAGUAUUCGUACGAUAAAGUUCGUAACAUUAUAGGGAGCGAAGAUUGCCUUUACCUAAGUGUAUUCACUAAAACUCUUAGUCCCAACAGACCAGUGAUGGUAUUUAUUUAUGGGGGAGGUUUCGCUGAUGGUACAACGAACAGCGAUGUAUACAGGCAAGACUAUUUAGUUACCCAAGAUGUCGUAUUAGUGAACAUUAACUACAGACUAGGACCAUUUGGUUUCUUAAGUCUUGGGCACGAAGUGGCAACCGGAAAUUUGGGCUUGAGGGAUAUACUCUACUCUUUACAAUGGGUUAAAGACAAUGCCAAAGCUUUUGGCGGGGAUCCAAAUAAUGUCACUAUUUUCGGUAACAGCGCUGGAGCCGUCAUAACCCACUUAUUGACAAUGAUCCCAAAAGCUAAAGGCUUGUUCCACAAAGCCAUCAUACAAAGUAAUACCUGCAACUUGGUUAUGACACUAAUUAAGAAGUUUGACAUAAAAAACGGCUUUAGAAUCGCUGCUCGCCUUGGAAUGCAUUCAAAAGAUCCUGUCGAAGUAAUAGAAUUUCUUAGUACAGUGCCUGCCAUUAAACUUGUCGAAUGCCAUACACAUAUUUUAUCCAAAGAGGAAGAAAUACAGUACGCAAUACUACCGUACCUGCCUGUUAUUGACGUAGAUUACACUUCUGAUCCCUUGAUUCCCGGUACAUUUGAAGAGUUAAAGAAUAACAAUGCUGAUAUUCCAAUUAUGAUCGGCCACACCUCAGAUGAGAGUCUUUUAAUGUUUGUUGGAUUGAAAUCUGAAAUCAAGACCAUUUAA